CUUUAAACUCCUAAUUAUUUGUUUUUGCCUAAAAUGGGGGAAAAUGACACACUGUCAUUGAUAAAUGUGCUAAAGAGUGACAACAUCUGAAGAGCUUGACUCGUUCUGCACGUGCCGGGAACUUUGCCCUUUCUGUCCUUAGCAAUCAGUGGUGUCAUAUCUGCAGGGCUCUCCAAGGACUGAAGCCACAUCAGUGAGGAACUGACGGAGGCAGCGGGGGGCUCCUCAUCUAACGAGUGCCACAGGGAAGCAAGCAGAGAAACACUUCUAAAACAAAGCUUACUUUUUUUUUCUCAUUUCGCUGCACCUAAACGCCGCAGGAACUGUUGCUUGGAUCUGAUAGAAGUUUCCACUCGAUGCUCUCACAUUCAGGAUUUAUCCAUCACCAAGAUCAGAGAUCCACUUCUUGACUGAAGAAGCUGUUUCUAAAAUUUUUUGGUGGAAGCUUUUUGUCUGGAUCUUGUUGAGAUUUGAAACUUGAAGUUAAGGGAAGAAUAAUAUGUGAUUAUAAACUCUCAGUUGGAUCGGACUUGACUUCAGAAGAGUGACAUCUUUUACAUAAAAAACAAGCUCGGCUGAGCCAGGACACAGGAGAAGGAUGGACUACAGGGUCCAACGGGAGAUCCUGGAUGAAGGAGAAGUGGAGGAGUUGGGUCAAAAAUUUGACCACCAUUUGCCUUUUUCUGAGAGGGUGAAAAAGUCAGUGAGGUGUUCUGGUCCCAGACUAAAGAAGACUCUGUUCAGUACUAUUCCCAUCUUAUCAUGGCUCCCUCGUUACCCCAUUAAAGAGAACGCAGUGGGUGACCUGAUCUCAGGAAUCAGUGUGGGAAUCAUGCAACUGCCCCAAGGUAUGGCCUACGCUCUGCUGGCUUCUGUUCCCCCAAUCUUUGGUCUGUACUCCUCUUUCUACCCGGUCCUGAUCUACUUCAUCUUCGGCACGUCCAAGCACAUCUCCCUCGGAACGUACGCGGUCAUGAGUGUGAUGAUAGGAGGGGUCACGGAGCGGCUGGCCCCCGACUCGGACUUCAUGACAUGGGACAACGUGACCAACGCCAGCCUUAUAGACACAGUAGCUCGGGAUGCAGAGAGGGUCCGGGUGGCUGCAGCGGUCACUUUUAUGUCUGGAAUCUUUCAGAUUCUGCUUGGCGUGGUGCAGUUCGGCUUCGUGGUAACUUACCUGUCUGAGCCGCUGGUCAGGGGCUACACCACAGCAGCUGCCAUCCACGUCAUUGUGUCCCAGCUCAAAUACAGCUUUGGCAUCAGCCCGGACAGAUACAGCGGACCUCUCUCCCUGAUAUACACUGUGAUAGAAAUUUGCUAUCUCCUUCCAAAGACAAACAUCGGCACUCUUGUGGUCACUUUGGUGGCAAUCGUUGGCCUUUUCCUUGCAAAGGAGCUAAAUGCAUACUUGAGUAAAAAAAUACCAGUUCCAAUACCUACAGAACUGAUAGCUAUAAUCAUCGCUACGAUAGUCUCCUGGCAGGUGAAUUUAUCCGAGAAGUAUGGAAUAGAUGUGGUGGGAGAGAUUCCCUCCGGGCUCCAGCCGCCUGUUUUCCCGGAUGUAAAUUUAUUUGGCUCGGUGAUCGGGGAUGCCUUCGCCCUGUCGGUGGUGGGUUACGGCAUUGCCAUCUCGCUGGGGCGAAUAUUUGCCCUGAAAUAUGGCUACAAGGUGGACAGCAACCAGGAACUGGUGGCUCUGGGAUUAAGUAACUCCAUUGGAGGGAUUUUCCAGUGUUUUGCAAUCAGCUGUUCCAUGUCUCGCUCGCUGGUUCAGGAGAGCUCAGGUGGAAAGACUCAGGUUGCUGGGGCUCUGUCGGCUGUAGUUAUCCUUUUCAUCACGCUGUGGAUCGGUACUCUCUUUGAAGAUCUGCCCAAGGCGGUGUUGGCCGCCAUCAUCCACGUCAACCUUCAAGGCAUGUUGAAGCAAUUCAUGGACAUUGGUUCUCUGUGGAAGAGCAGCAAAAUCGACAUGCUGGUUUGGAUCGCCACUUUCCUCCUCACACUGCUGCUCAACCCGGAUCUGGGCCUCGCCGCUUCCAUCGCCUUCUCCAUGCUCACCGUCAUCUUCAGGACGCAGCUACCAAAGUAUUCCAUUUUAGGACAGGUGCAAAACACUGACAUCUACAAGCCUUUGGACAGUUACAGCGAGGUGAACCAGGUGCCAGGAAUUUUAAUUUUCCGCUCCUCUGCAACACUCUACUUUGCCAAUGCUGAGAUGUACCAAGAGGCGCUCGGUAAAAAGUCCGGCAUCGACAUUACAAAGAUCCUGUCGGCCAAGAAGAAACUGGAGGCCAAACGACAGCGGCACGAGAAGAAAGUUGCAAAGAAAGCCAAGAAAGAGCUGAAAAGCAAUGGAGUCAACAUGGAGCAGCACGACAAUGAAGAACCCAGAGAGAUCGCUGUCAUCCAUGUGGACCCGGAGCCCGACCCAUCACUGCCACAAGCCAUCAUCCUGGACCUCAGCCCUGUCAACUUUCUGGACACAGUGGGGGUCAAAACGUUACGAAAUAUUCGGAGGGAUUACGGGGAAAUUGGCAUUGAGGUGGUCCUCGCCGCCUGCCAGCCUGGUGUGGUGAACAACCUGGAAGCUGGAGGCUUUUUCAAUGAAAAAGUGACCAAGUCCUGUCUGUUCUCCACCAUCCAUGACGCCGUGCUUCACUGUCAAUCUGCCAGAUCAAGAAGACAAAAAGAGGACAGUGACGAGGAGCUCCCAGCGACACAUUUCUGAAGAGGAUGUCACCAAAAAGUGGCACACAGUCUGCCUGCUGAAGGAUUUCUCUACGCGCUUAAAAAUAUCUGGGACUCACAUCCGUUCCACCUGCAUCUCUGCAGAGCGAAGAAUGAGAAAACUCAAACACACCAUUCAUACGAGUGUUUGUCCAUAUGAGAACCAAGAGUAAAAAUGUUAGAUUUUUGCCUCAAAUUUUGCUUGAAAACUUUCAUUAGCUUGAAGUGUCAGUGUUGUUUUCAGAAUGUGUUGAUAUUGUCUUUUAUAUUUGCUUUGUAGAGACAACUUAGUUCUGUGUUUGACUAUGUAAUGUCAUAAAAAUGUCACAAAUGAAAAUCUGACAAAGAUUUGUAUUUAUUUUCAUGUAAAUCAAAAAAUUGUCCAAUCAAUCAAUCAAUCAAUAAAACAAUGAAACAAAAAUCAUUUGAUGAUUUUCAAUUGGGAAAAGAUAAAAAAUAACAAAAUUCACAUUGGGAAUUGUGAUUGUAUUUGUUACUUUUAUGUAUUUCAUCAUUGUACCUAAAAAGGAACAUUCAAAUAUUUAUGACUUUAUUUGCACUUUUUUCACAUAAUUUUUGGUAGUUUUCUGCAAUCUUACGGUGCUGCAGAAAUAUUUAACCAAUCAAAACCACAAAUAGUAAACUCCCUUACUUUGAGGAAAUGAACAGAAAUUACAAUAUUUAGUGAAAGUUGGAUAGAUUUCCUUUAAAGUCUGUUUAAACUGUAAUUUUUCAAUAUUUAAUGUCUGAGUAGAAUGUUUUGGUGGAGCUCAUUUGUGGAUGACUGAAAAAUGUCUGGGGUAUUUUUAGGAAAUAAAGAUUGCAAAAGAAAAAAAAAUACU